CCGAGAGCUGUAGACAGAUAGCGUGAGACUGGGCGCCUUAAUUGCCAUAAAGCUGAUAACGUAGAUUAACUGUGAAUAUACAUGGCUAAUAUAACCUUUUCAAGGGUCUCACUUAUUAUAUGACCCGCGAACUACACGCAAAAACCCUCCCAAAUGUUUGCUUUAUAUACUAGAGCCUGAUAAUUAAGGCAAUUCAACCUAGUUCUAUAACGCCUAGACACAACUCCUGGGUUCCCAUCGACCUUAGAUAUGGAUUCGCAAGAUUCGGCCACUCGUCCAUUUAGAGUCAUCGUCGUCGGUGGUGGUAUUGCUGGCCUUAUGGCUUCUAAUUGCCUACAACGAGCGGGUAUCGAUCAUGUCGUCCUCGAGAAGCGCGCGGAGAUUGCGCCUGCUGAAGGUGCUAGCAUAAGUGUAUAUCCGAAUUCUACACGAAUAUUGCACCAGAUCGGCUGUCUAGAAACGGUCGAAUCAGCAGGCGCACCGGCAAAUAGAGUAAAACUCCGACUACCGGAUGGGACUAUUAUAUCGGAUAUUGACUUAUUUGAGCACCUUAAAGAGAACCAUGGAAACUCUGGGGUCAUAAUUGAACGGCGAAGAUUGCUGCAAAUACUUUACGAUAACCUCCCUACCAAGUCACUGGUUAAGCUGGGUUGCUCCGUUAAACGGUUAAGACACGUUGAGGAUGAUAUCGAAGCUGUCCUUGCGGAUGAAACGGUUGAGAUAGGUGACAUGGUAAUCGGCUGCGACGGAGUGCAUAGCUCUGUCAGGAGCAUGAUGUGGGAUUAUGCAAACAAAACUAUCCCUGGUAGUGUUACGAUGAAGGAAAAGAUGUGCAUGAAGGCAAACUGGAAGGUUCUCAUUUUAGUCGGGCCUACUAUGCCAGAGAUUGGGCGUGAUACUCAUUUCGUACACAACACGCACUUUUCCUUUACGGUCAUAUCACAACCAGACCACGUAUUUACGUUUGUGACCUUUCGUCUCAAAGAACCGGUCAUAUGGCCGAGGAGAAUGUUCUAUACCGCUCAAGAUGCCGAGCAUCUAGCUGAGACAGUAGCCUCCUAUCCUGUUUGCGAGUCACUGCUAUUCGGAGAGUUGUGGCGUAAGCGCGAGCGCGCCUCUCUCGUAAACAUCGAGGAGGGUGUGCUAAAUAAAUGGCACUGCGGCCGAAUUGUCCUUGCUGGAGAUGCUGCUCAUAAGUUUACUUUCCACAUGGGUUUCGGGGCCAAUUCCUCAAUUGGGUCUAUUGCAACUCUUUGCAACCAGCUAAAGAGGGAGAUUGUAUCUCGCAACGAGCCAAGUCUAUCCCCAAGUACGCUGGAACGCAUAUUUGAAUCCUACCAGACUAAGCGCUACGCACGGAUGAAGACGAUCAUGGAUCUAUCUCUCUUUAGCACAAGAAUCCUGACUUGGGAUACUUUACUGACUAAAUUACUCUCCCGAUGGAUUUUCCCAUGGCUCCCCGAACGAUAUCUAACUGAUCAAUUCAGCAAGAUUAUUAAGGGGGAGCCCAAGCUUGAGUAUAUCGGGACGGGUAAUUUUCCACGUGGCCGGCUGACAUGGGAAGAUGAAGUGACGACUGGUGAUUCUGAAGAUGAAGAUUUAGAAUAAGAGCUUGUUUCUAUGCCCGAGUGCCUUAAGAGAGAGUGAAAUACCGUAGCUAUUUAUUUCUGCAUCAACAUAGAUGGAAGAUUAAGCUACAAUAUAAGCAUUCCUCUAGUACAUCUACCGUACUUUCUAGUAGAAUCUAUGUCGGAGCAUCGAUUACUAUUUGCACAUUCUUUCAGGGGCUUGAUAGAACCUAACCUCUUAAAUACUUACCUAAUAAUCGCUACUAUUCGUGUUUCUACUGGGUACAUAUAAAGCGUCACUGAAAGAGACUAUGUGCUUGAUAUAGACUACACUAGCC